AUGGACGUAGAAGAAAUACGCAGUAAUCCCUUGUCGGUGAGGUCCGCAACCACUGCAAAUACAUCCUCCGCUACACCCAUCGCCGCACCAAGGCGGCAACAAUCAUCCAUUCCACCAGCCAGGGAAGUAGGCGAGGAGCACUUCGAGGAAUACGUUAACAAAUUAGAUAAACAGGCAGCAUGGGAGGAUGUGUUCUACAACUGGCCAGCACAAACAUGGACCUAUGCAAGGGACAGUUUGUUUGGGCUCUGGAAGAGCCGGACAAUGAGUAAAAGGGAUAACGCCCGAAAUACUGGAUCCGGAGGUGGGAAGGAGAAGGUAAUGGAUGAAGCUGACUUGGCCAUACUCGAUAUUCUGGAAUCAGACUCAGCUGUGGUGGAUGGUUUGAAUUUGCCAGAAAGUUAUGGCAACUCAGAAAAUCUACCGUCAGCUGAGAAUGAUUCCAGAAUAUCUAUUUCAGAAGAAACAAUUGCCAAUCCACCUCUAAACCCAAGAAAGAGGAAGCGCUCUACCAAGUUUCCAAGUGAAACUUUGGAUAGAGAGAAAAAAUGCCGGAUGGAGCUUCUUGAGGUUGAGGUUUACUACCGGAAACUUCAAUGCCUAAAACUGGAGAGGGAGCUCCUACUUCCACCCUCUGCUAUCACACAGGGAAUUACAACGGCAGAAACAGAAAAUGUAUCGCGUCUGUUAUUUGAGGAGGUUUGAUUACC